AUGAGCAAAAUGCAAACGUUGAGCACGAAAAGCUGUCGCAAGGGACCGAAUCCGAACAAAGUGGUCAUCCAGGAUAGUAAACCAGAGAAGAAGACGACUCCAGCUGCACCAACUCCAAAAACCGAAGUGACUGCUCCACCGCCAACGGAAGGAUUCAAAAUCAAGGAUGAGGUGGAGAUGCUUCGUGCCGGAUUCAAAAACAAACAUGGCGACGCUGUGAAAACUCAAGGACAAACGAUGAACGUCGAACUAUAA